AUGGGGCGAUCUCUGGCAGAGAGCACGCGCGACUGGGCGGGGGAACGCGCCGAGGUCGCCGUCGCGUCGGAAGACACCCCACUGCUGUCGGGAAGGGGGUCGAGAUCGCGGCCGCACAUUUCCCCCAAAAGAUCGCCCCACCGCGGCCGCACCGCCUUCUCCCUCGCCGUCGUCACCCUCACUUCGUGUCUCGUAUUGACCGUGUCCUCCCAGAACCUUGGGAGGUUCUUCGCGUCGUCGCUGCUCGGGAAUAAAGACGCGGGCCCGGAAGUGGUCGAGACCGCGCACGAGAGCGUGCGUCGGAUGGAGAACUGCGGCGAUCACAACUCGUCGUGCUACGUCGGCGCCAACGCGCACGCCGUCUCCAAGGAGGAUGCGAAAGCAGAGAUGAAGUACGGCCAGCCCAAGGGGGGGUACAAACCCACGCCCGUGCGCGGGCAGACGCGGCUGGACGCGCUCGAGCCGCUGGACGUGAUCCGCCCGUACCCCGGGGGACCGCCCCUGAACGCGAAGCAGAUGCUCGGCUUCUUCAGGAACACGCGGCGGAGAGGGAAGGCGUACUCGCUGAAGUUUUACGAAAAAGACGGCGUCGUGCACUUCAUCUACUCCAACGUCUGCGCCGACGAAAAACGAUAUCAACGGCGCGGGGCGCAGCGCAAUCAACCGUGGCCGUCGUGGUGCAACCAUGACUACGUCGGCACGUACUUCGCGCGGACCACCGACGCGGGUGACGAGGAAUGGGUGCGCUGCACGAACAAAGUUCCCAUGAACCUCAACCCUACACGGCAUUGGGGUGUCGUUUAUCCUUACACGAUCGAUAUGUCGGAGGCAUCGCUACGCGCAGGGUGGAUCAGUUGCCCGGACAUUUUGAAGGACCCGUACCGCGCGAAGGAGACGCUCCCAGAGGGCGCGGCAUAUCGGCGCGAAGAUGGCUCCUGGGGCGUCGUCGGCGCGGACGCCGAGGAUGACACCGUGCGCUCCCCCGCGGAGGUAAAUCACGAGUAUAAGUACAAUAUCCUCGGGCUGCCCGUGCGCGUUGGGGGAGGCCGGUGCUGGACGAAAAUGCCGAUCGCGGUAGGCGGCGCGAAGCUCGCGUGCGGCGACCAAGGGUACGACUACACCGACGCGGGCGGCAACCUUAGACGCUACGUGACCCCGACUUGGGAGAACGGCAUGGAGUGGCGCCUGCUCACGCGCUCGCUCGAGGGCGAGAGCAACGCGUUUGAAAAGAACGCGGUUGAAUUCCUGGAUUUUGACGUUUCCCCGGCGUACCCUGGGGCGCUGUUUGUGGGCGGAUUGGACGCGUUGUACGCCAGUUACGAGCAGAGCACGGACAUUGAGGCGAAACCGCUGAUAAACUCGGACAAACGCUACGAUAAGGUUCGUCAACAUUCCUACGUGCUCGGCGGCGUCAGCUACGUCAUCAUGUGGGAGCCCGGAUGGGUCAAUCCAUAUGAGCGCGGCUCAGCGAACGUCACGGCGCCGCCCCUCCCCGGGGUUUCGUCCAAGCGUCUCAUCCUCGGGCGAUGGCGCGAGCCGCAGCUGCCGUGGUCUACUCCGAGAAACUUUGCACCCGCGGCGUAUAUCAAGGAGAAGCUGUCAGGGUACGAAUGGGACGCGCCGAGCCUUCCGCGCCCGAACACGACGGCCGACAUCGGUGACGGCUUCACGGUCGCCGCGUACGUGCGGAUGCGCCACUUUCGGCCGGUAUUUCAGAACUCGUCGUCGCCGCCAUCUACGAACGUGCUUGCCGCGGAAGAGGCGCAGUACGGACAUGACACGAACGGCUUAAAGUACGCCAGUCCCGUGUACAACGGGACGACUACGAUCGACUGGGAGAACUAUCACGUCGAGGUGAAGGGAGCGACCGUCGGUAACAUCCUGCACGUGGGCGUCGAGUUCGACCCGGCAAAGGAGCCGCUGCCCUCCGCGAUUGACCAUCUGCCGCCCGGUGCCAUUCCGGUCAAGGGCUUCUCGCUCUACACGCACAGGGACGGCACACUCGUCCUCGCCGCGACGGACAAAGGGACGGGUAAAAUGAUUCCUACGCGGCCGUCGACGUCAGCAGCACCCGUAUCAGCGGGCAUGACGAUUGCGAGCGCGUUUGCGGACAACGAACCGACUGCUCUGACAAUCGCCGCGCCCGCGCGGGUUGCGAAAAUCUACACGCGCACGUUCUCCGACAGGACUUCGCUAAAAAUUGCGGUCAAAGAGUGUGGCAACAAGGGCUGCGAAGAUAUGAACUCAUGGGACGUGAGCAAGGUCACGGACAUGUCCUAUUUGUUUCAUCGCAUCUAUCCUAAGGUCGACAUCUCUGAGUGGGAUGUGAGCAGUGUCACCAACAUGCAGAGCAUGUUCUACUCCGCUUCCUCUUUCAACGGCGACAUCUCCGGCUGGGACGUGAGCAAGGUCACCAACAUGGGGGAGAUGUUCUCCUACGCCAAGGCUUUCAACGGCGACAUCUCCAAGUGGGACGUGAGCAAGGUCACGAACAUGGGGGGCAUGUUCAGCGCUUCCUCUUUCAACGGCGACAUCUCCAAUUGGGACGUGAGCAAGGUCACCAAGAUGGGGAGCAUGUUCUCCUCCGCUUCCGCUUUCAACGGCGACAUCUCCAAGUGGGACGUGAGCAAGGUCAUUGACAUGGCGUACAUGUUCAACGGCGCCAAGGCUUUCAACGGCGACAUCUCCAAAUGGGACGUGAGCAAGGUCACUAUAAUGACAUAUUUAUUCAGCUACGGAAGCUACGGCUACGGAAGCUCGAAUUUCGACCAAGACUUAUCGAAUUGGAAUCUUUGCAAGCUGACGAAAAAAUCCAUGCGUUCUUUUCAACUCUCGCAAUUUAAAGCGGGCAUAUCAAAUUUGAAGGAGGAGCACAAGCCCCGUCUCGGUCAUUGCGUUAUGUCAACAUUUUCCAACGGUGAUGUGCUCCGUCUCGCCGUUAAAUCGUGUCUCGCCAAAGACUCGGUGAAGGGCUGCGAGAAUAUGAACUCCUGGGAUGUGAGCAAGGUCACCGACAUGUAUCAAAUGUUCUAUGGUGCCUCUGCUUUCAAUGGCGACAUCUCCAAUUGGGACGUGAGCAGCGUCACGAACAUGGAGAGAAUGUUCAAUUACGCCACCGCUUUCAACGGCGACAUCUCCAAGUGGGACGUGAGCAGCGUCACGAACAUGGAGAGAAUGUUUUAUGGCGCUCGGACUUUCAACGGCGACAUCUCCAAGUGGGACGUGAGCAGCGUCACGAACAUGGAGAGAAUGUUCAAUUACGCCACCGCUUUCAACGGCGACAUCUCCAAGUGGGACGUGAGCAAGGUCACGAACAUGGCGUACAUGUUCUCCUCCGCUUCUGCUUUCAACGGCGACAUCUCCGGCUGGGACGUGAGCAAGGUCACGAACAUGGGGGGCAUGUUCUCCUACGCCAAGAAAUUCAAGCAAGACCUCUCCGAUUGGGUCAUGUGCAACGACGACGGCACGCUCACGCUAAGGAACCGUAUGUUUGCCUAUGGCGUCAUGCCGGAGUCGUACAAACCGCGUCCGCUCGUGAGCUCGUGCGUGAAAUCGGACGCUUCUGUGGGCGUUUGCAAGACGAGACGAUCGAUCGACUCGGAGACUUGGCACUCCCUCGUCGUCGCGGUCUCGGCCACCUCGGUGGACUUGUACGUCGGCGGCGAAAAGGUGUGCACGGUGGAGACGCCGAACGGGUCUUACUUUGACGGGACCAAAGACAUACCCGUGUAUACGCAGUGCCGCGGGAACGAGUGCCGUGGGGGCGGCGACAAAUCACGGAGCCUCGCCGCCCCGCACUUGCCCGCCGCGGCGGUCGCCGACAUGUACGACAUGCGCGUUCAGUUUGGAGCUGCGUCGAUCGAUCCCGCCGAUCUCGUGGCGGCUAUCGCCGCGCGAGCCGCGUUCGAGCCGCCCAACCCGGACGCGUGGAAGGCUCGCUGUCUGCCGGACGGGUGCGAAGAGCCGAACAUGUUCGUGAACCACGUCCCGAUUCCCCAGGGCAGAUGGACUCGCAUACCGGAUCCUCGCUCGUUGAAGCUCUACGGAUGCAAAGACGGCUCUUGCGCAGACCCUCACUGGUGUUGCGAGGGUAAGCACCUCGGUUGGAGAGGCGGACGGGAUAAAUUCGGGUAUCCCAAUUGCGCUAAACGCAAAUCCAUCAACCCUAUCACGAAGAAGUACGACAUCUGCUGCGACGGCCUCGAGCGCGAGUAUGAUCCCAAGAGGUACACCUCGAAGAGCGAGUUCGACGACAUCAAAGCGAAACGAGCUCAUAUGGUCGCGAGCGGCGAUUGCGCGGUGGACGCACCGGCUGGGUGCUUAUCCCAAAUACAUGAAGGGUUCGCCGGCGCGUGUCCUUUGCAAGACACAAAGGCUCUGAGGUGGGGAAACAAACAUACGAAGGGCGGGCAGUCCGGGUGGGGAGGCGGCUCGGAGUGGUCGACCUCAGGGGAAGACAUAACCGCGUCGUCGUACACCGAUUUCAAAGUCACCGCGGACGGAAACAUCCACUUCGCCUCUGGGGACGACGAUAAGCACCAUAUUCCGUGGGAUUACGACGGGAUGUUCGCUAUCCUCAGAGGCAAAACCGCAACGUGCGAGCUGACCGGGUUGUGCGGCGAGGAUUUCGAUAAGCGAUCCUACGCCGGCCGCUUCGAACUCGACGACGCCGGGUCGAUACCGAAGUGGCGGUCGCGAGACGUCAUACACGGCGCCAGAAUCUACAAGACAGGCGACCACGAGGACAUCGUCAUCCUUCACCCGAACAAGGUUUGGUUAACAGACCGAAAUGGAUGGGCGUUUGAUCGAGAGACGGACAGGGGCAAACUGUAUUCGUUCCGAAGCUGGCGCAAGGAAACCAAACACAAACCGGGCGCGUGGGUGGGAAGGGACGGCGUCGACGACGCCGAGAACCCCAUCGGACAGUAUGCCAUGCUCAGUGGAAGGAGCGUCACGCAUUACGGCGUCGCCGCCAAGGGGUGGGGGUUCGCGCAUCGGCGGUUCAUCGACGGUUCCAACACGUUGCAAAGCCCGUACAUGGACCUAGCGACGUCCCAGGCGAAGUCCCCGUGGUUGUGCUCGGACAUCCUUGGAGACAUGUUCUCGCCUGACGGCGGGUACACGUAUUACGCGGUGAUGCAGAUCGGGUACAACCCAGCGACGGAACCGGCGUGGCGGUGCCUAGACGAGGCUGGGGAGGGGGCGGACACCACGCACACGUACGAGAUCUUCGGUAUCCGCCGGCUCGUCACGGACGAGUGCAAGCCGCUCACGUCGCCAGCGACGCACUACGGGUUCGCCUCGUAUCUUGGCAACAUGUACGGGGUGGACACCAAAGUGACGAGCGCGGUGUCUCGGCGCGACGGCGAUUUCCUCCUCGGCGGGCAAAUGGGCGCCCUAAACGCGCUCGGGUCGAACACGUCUUUGGCUCACACGGAUUUGACCGAGGAGGCGUCUGGGUGCGCGGACACGAAGAAUCCCAUGCCUGGAAUUUUCAACGAAUCGACUGGGCAUCAGUGCAUGGCGCAAAUCUUAACACUCGAGGGCGCUGGGUGUGGAUACGACGGCGCCCCCGAGCUCUCGUGCGGCUCGCCCAAGUCCGUGUCCUACGUCGGAAGCAACGCCACGGAGCACAUGCGCAUAUCGAACGAAACCGGGACGCUGAUCAUCGCCGGCCCAGACGGUGUCCUCGGUUUGAACCACGAAGCGAACGCCGUGCUGUGGAACGCGUGCGCAAAGUGCGACGGUGGCGUUUCGAACCCCAAAUGCGCGCCUUUAUGCGGUUUACAUCCGGGUAAGAUCCGCGUGGCCAUCGGACCGAGAGGCCGAGUCGCGGCCGUGCUCGCGUUCGGAAGCGAACCUUGCCUCGUCAACAAUGGUUACAUAGUGUGCCCCGCCCGGACAUCUCCUACGCUCGUCGUCGUCUUGGACGUGAUCGGUGGUGGGAACGAAAUGGCUCGCCUCGAGGUGGAUCAUUUCAAGCAGGAAGGGAAGGUAGGGGAUGAUUUCCCGCUCGAUGUCGCCGUCUCCGACGUCGACGGAUUGAAUUCGGGGGUGUACGUCGGUGGAUUCAAACAAGCGAUGGUGCAUCACACGCCACCAGCGCCGGAAGCGCCGUACGAUCGGCUCACGCGAAUCGCGUUCUUGCGCAAGUUCGACGCAAACGUUCGCGCGGGCGAACGCGCGGAGUAUGCUUUGAGAUGGAGCACGUGGGACUACGCGGGGUCGGACCUGGACGAGCGCGACGGCUCGGACACGCAAAUCACGCAGAUGGUAUUGGAUCGCUCCGGCCGCCUCGUCGUCGGCGGCGAGACGAACGGCUUCGAGAAAGAAUCCCUCCACUUAUGCCUUCCUGGUUCACAUGCUCAGAUCAUCACCGCACACACCGUGUUUAUUCACGACGGCUCUAAACAGCUCGGCUCUCACGUCGUCGCUAACCGAAUCUCGAAGCGGCCGAAAGAAACAUUCAGGGGCACAAACCCUAACUCUGACCUCGGCGGGCUCGUCGACCAGCUCCACGCCAAGGUGGCGUACGUCGCGAUCGUGGACCCCGUCCUCGGCGUCGUCCUCAAAGGGCAGUUUCUCAUGUCGUCGCCGAUUGGAGGCAUGCUGGCUUGUCCGGACUACUCAAAGACCGCAGCCCCAUAUUACGCGGUUUACGGCGUCACGCUCAAGGCGCUCGACGUCGAUGGCAAGGGGAACAUCGUUUUCGGUGGCGAGAUGCCCGCCGGCGCGAUAAAAGACUUAGCUGUUCUAAAAACGAACAACCGCUUGAACAACAGAGAUUUUGAAGGCUCCGAUAAGAUGGCGUCGAAACCGUACAUUGCUAUCAUGGAUCCUAAUUUGAUCACCCGCCCGAAGUGGACGUACGUCCCCGGGAAGGCGUCAGGCAAGGUGACUGGCAUCGCCGGCGGCGUGUACUGCCCCGAUGACGUCUACCACUUUGGCGCGUGCACGUCCGCGUUGCUCGUGGAACAGCCUCCGUCGGAGAUCGAUUUUGGGAAAUCUGGCGCAUUUUAUACCACCGCGAACGCGCUGCAGGUGCGUUCUAUACACUGGUCCCCAUACGACCGCGUUGGCGUGGUGAACGCCGUUCCUUAA